AUACACGCUGCAAAUGAUAAACAAAAACGCAGCGUCGCGUGGCACUCCGUGCGUAUGAGAUUCCAAAUCACUUAACGCGCCGGCCGCAAGAUGGCGGCAAGGAGUCGUUGGAACGCUGUCUGGAUACCGAUCUUCUUUCUCAGUUUCCACAACUCGGCAGUAACUUGUAGGAAAGGCGAGAUCUACGAGCACUUUCUGACGUCGUCUGCUCGGGGUGAGAAAUUUAUUCAUCAUGACAUGUUUAUGAUCAGCUCCCCCGACAUUCUUACGGGAAACACCUCAGCUUUCAUUGAAUAUGUAUUCAACGGAGGAGAGAAACGCGCUACAGCAGCCGACGGUCUGGAAGAUUUUCUGAGAGAUUUCAAGGAGCUUGGAAACACCAGUAGAACUGUCAACGAGAAUAUGCUAUUGAAAACGGGAAAAACCAAUGGCAGAUUCGGCGAGGAAAUUCCCUCGCGACUUGACGAGGGUAAUCUGAAUGAAACUGCGCUGUGGGAACAUCGUGGCUUGGCAGUUGAUCCAAGCGAACUUCAGGCGCCGGUUGAUGGAAAGGGUAUCAAGGGUAGUGACACCCGCAGUUUUAAAGAGGAAAAACCAUCAAAAUAUAGCGACUUUAGAAAGGGAAAUGCGACCUCGGCGAUGAACUUAAAAAGCAAUAUAACAGGUGAUACAGAGAACAGCCAGUACAACCGAGUCCAGAUGGAGAAUAAUAUUUUAUUUAAGAUCAUAAACAGAAGUGGAAAACGGAACCAGACAGGCAGCAGUCAGAAACUCUACACUCUGCGGUUUGUUGAAACAGAAGGCAGAGAGCAUGGAUCACACAAGCGCGUAGGUGAUGUCGUCAUGGCAACUGCUACUAGAGGUCAUGGCAGACGGAAACGAACACCGGGGAGACGUUGCUGGAUGGACUGCAUAUGGCGAUGGAAAUACGGUUUUCUCAAAUGCGGUUUUUAUGACAAGCUCACCAUGUGCGGAGGCGGGGACUACAUGGUCCGAUACUAUGACGUAGCCAAAACCUACCACGCCCACUGUUGGCCAGGGAAGGGGUCAUACGGAAUUACCCGAAACAGGAAAUUCAUCUGGGUGUAUAAAUGCGAAGGGAAGUUUGUCGUGAAGUAUAAGAAGUAUCUUGGCUGCAAGCCCGUCUGCUAUUGAUCGCCGUACAUGUGUUUGAACGUGUGAUGUCACUGUGCCGUGUGACGUCAUUAUUUCAAAGAAUAACCAGGAAAAAAGUGGGAACUGUUGUCCAAUGCACAGUACCGUUUAGAUUAUAGUGCUUGAUGCUUACUGAUGAUACGUAAAUGAUAUUGCACACUACGAAUGUUUUAUCUAUUCUUUAACGUUGUCUAAUGAAUGUAAGAUUUGGUUUCAAAUCUUUGAUAAUUUAAAAUCAACUGUUUGUAUUUAAAGACAGUAGCAGUAGAAGCAGCGGUAGCAGGAGAAUGUCCGUCGGAAG